GAGGGACGGAGAUGGGAGGCUGGGAAGGAGGCCGUGUCCGCCUGGAGAAUGCCCGGGAGGCCUGUGGGAGGCGGGGGCUUGGGCCUGGGCCUCCACUGCGGGGAAGGGGAGGCAGCCGUGACCCUCUUCUCUUUCUCCCCUGCAGGAGGACGGAGGAUGGCGGCGGAUGCAGGAAAGAGGCGCCGGCCGAGAGGAGGAGGAGGAGAGCGGGCCCCGCGGAGCAGACCUGCCCAGUCCCGGCGCGGCUUCCCCGGGAGACGGCGGGGAAAGGCCGGGGGCUCCGGGGCUGCAGGAGGGAGGAGCCGAGGGGGAGCCCGGGAAAGGCGGCUGCCUGGAGGGCGAUGCGGGAAGGAGGAAACCGGUGGAGACUCCGAGACGGGCCUGGAGGGCGGAGGCUCCUUCCCCCAAAGACCCCCAAAGCCCCAAAGGAUCCAGGAGGGAGGAAAGGAACAUCAGUGCCCGGAAUGUGGAAAAACCUUCAAAAGAAAUGGACAUCUUGAAAACCAUUUAAAAAUCCACUCAGGAGAAAAACCACAUAAAUGCCUGGAGUGUGGAAAGAGAUUCAGUCUGAGGGAAAACCUUUAUACACAUCAAAGUAUCCAUUCAGGAGAAAAACCUCAUAAAUGCCUGGAGUGUGGAAAGAGAUUCAGUCUGAGGGGAAACCUUUAUACACAUCAAAGUAUCCAUUCAGGAGAAAAACCACAUAAAUGCCUGGAGUGUGGAAAGAGAUUCAGUCGGAGGAGCAGCCUUUAUACACAUCAAAGAAUCCACACAGGAGAAAAACCUCAUAAGUGCCUGGAGUGUGGAAAGAGUUUCAGUCAGAGUAGCAACCUUUAUAGACAUAAAAGGAUCCACACAGGAGAGAAACCUCAUAAAUGCCUGGAGUGUGGAAAGAUUUUCAGUCAGAGUAGCAACCUUUAUAGACAUAAAAGGAUCCACACAGGAGAGAAACCUCAUAAAUGCCUGGUAAGAAAGGAGGACGGAGGAUGGCGGCAGAUGCAGGAAAGAGGUGCCGGCCAAGAGGAGGAGAGCGGGCCCCGCGGAGCAGACCUGCCCGGUCCCGGUGUGGCUUCCCAGGGAGAUGGCGGGGAAAGGCCGGGGGGCUCCGGGGCCGCAGGAGGGAGGAGCCCAGGGGGAGCCCGGGAAAGGCAGCUGCCUGGAGGGCGAUGCGGGGAGGAGGAAAUGGGCGGAGACCCCGAGAUGGGCCUGGAGGGCGGAGGUUCCUUCAGAAGACCCCCAAAGCCCCAAAGGAUCCAGGAGGGAGCAAAGGAACAUCAGUACCCAGAAUGCGGAAAAACCUUCAAAAGAAAAGGAAAUCUUCAAAGCCACCUAAUUAUCCACACAGGAGAGAAACCUCAUAAGUGCCUGGAGUGUGGAAAGAACUUUAGUCAUACCAGCAACCUUUAUAGACAUCAAAGGAUUCAUCUGAAAAAAUGCCUGGAGGGCGGAGGCUCCUUCGGAAAACCCCGAAAGCCCCGAAGGAUCCAGGAGGAAGCAAAGGAACAUCAGUGCCCGGAAUGCAAAAAAUCCUUCAAAAGAAAAGGAAACCUUCAAAGCCACCUAAUUAUCCACUCAGGAGAAAAACCACAUAAAUGCCUUGAGUGUGGAAAGAGAUUCAGUCUGAGGGGAAAUCUUUAUACACAUCAAAGGAUCCACUCAGGAGAGAAACCUCAUAAAUGCCUUGAGUGUGGAAAGAGAUUCAGUCAGAGGGGAAAUCUUUAUACACAUCAAAGGAUCCACUCAGGAGAAAAACCUCAUAAAUGCUUUGAGUGUGGAAAGAGAUUCAGUCACAGGAGCAGCCUCUAUAGACAUCAAAUUAUCCACUUAGGAGAAAAACCACAUACAUGCCUGGCAAGAAAGGAGGACGGAGGAUGGCGGCAGAUGCAGGAAAGAGGUGCCGGCCAAGAGGAGGAGAGCGGGCCCCGCGGAGCAGACCUGCCCGGUCCCGGUGUGGCUUCCCAGGGAGAUGGCGGGGAAAGGCCGGGGGGCUCCGGGGCCGCAGGAGGGAGGAGCCCAGGGGGAGCCCGGGAAAGGCAGCUGCCUGGAGGGCGAUGCGGGGAGGAGGAAAUGGGCGGAGACCCCGAGAUGGGCCUGGAGGGCGGAGGCUCCUUCAGAAGACCCCCAAAGACCCAAAGGAUCCAGGAGGGAGGAAAGAAACAUCAGUGCCCGGAAUGCAAGAAAUCCUUCAAAAAAACCGGAGAUCUUCAAAGGCAUCUAAGGAUCCACUCAGGAGAAAAACCUUAUAAGUGCCUUGAGUGUGGAAAGAGGUUCAGUCGGCGGAGCAGCCUUUAUACACAUCAAAGGAUCCACUGGGGAGAAAAACCUCAUAAAUGCCUUGAGUGUGGAAAGAGAUUCAAUCAGAGUGGAAACUUUUAUAGACAUCAGAGGAUCCACUCGGGAGAGAAGCCUCAUAAAUGCCUGGAGUGUGGAAAGAGAUUCAGUCAGAGGGGAAACCUUUAUACACAUCAAAGGAUCCACACAGGAGAAAAGCCUCAUAAAUGCCUGGAGUGUGGAAAGAGCUUCAGUCUGAAGGGAAAUCUUUAUAUACAUCAAAGAAUCCACACAAGAGAAAAACCACAAAAACGCCUGGCAAGAAAGGUGGGAUCUUGAGGCCAGAGGCAGAGAAGAGCUGAAGCCACACUCGGGAGAAAAGAGCUGAGACCACAUUCAGAGAGAAGACCGGAGACCGCAUCCUGAAUCCAGUCAGGCGAGCGAGCGGAGCACAGGAGAAUCCCGAAACAAUGUCUGCCUACACCCCGCCAGCACCUUUCGACCCCAAGGAGGAGAAGUGGGGAUCCUACAUGUCCCGGUUCGAGUGCUUCAUGGUGGCAAACGACAUGCAAGGGCUACCGGACGUUCGAAAGAAAGCCCUGUUCCUGAGCCACUGCGGGCCGAGGGUCUUCGACACAGCCGAAGCAUUGUCGGAGCCGAAUUCGGUCCACAACAUUUCCUGGUCGACGCUACAGACCCUGCUGAAAGACCACUAUUGCACCUAUCCGUUUAAAGCCUAGGCGGGUACCGUUCGCCCUGAAGCCCAAAAUUGACAUUGAACUGGACAAAUUAAUCAAACAAGGGGUGCUCGUUCCAGUCGACCACGUCAAAUGGGAAACCCCAAUUGUAACACCGGUAAAGCCGGACGGAUCAGUGCGCAUAUGCGCUGAUUAUAAAUGCACAAUUAAUAAGGCCCUGCAGCAGAGCGCCUAUCCAGUGCCCAUCGUACACCACCUAUUGCAUUCCCUGGGUCCCAGCAAGAUCUUCGCAAAACUCGAUCUUGCGCAGGCGUACCAGCAACUGCCGGUAGAUGGCGCUACUGCAGAGGCACAGACUAUCAUAACCCACAGAGGGGCCUUCAAGUGCACCCGCCUGCAAUUCGGAGUAAGCAAAGAAAACGGGACGAAUUAACAAUGCAAGGGGGUUGUUUACUAUGGGGCGAUCGGGUUGUUAUUCCCUUGCGCCUACAGGAAAAAGUUUUAACAUUGUUGCAUGAGGGGCACCCUGGGAUUGUAAGAAUGAAGGGGCUAGCCAGGAGCUACGUCUGGUGGCCCAGCAUGGACACAGACAUUACCGAGUGGGUGGGGAGAUGCCAGCCCUGCCAAGAGUCCAGAUCAGAUCCACCAAUGGCACCCGUGAGGGAGUGGGAAAGACCUCAGCGACCCUGGUCCAGAAUACACAUUGACUUUGCUGGCCCAUUUCACGGACAGACCUUCAUGGUCGUUGUAGAUGCGUUUUCCAAAUGGUUGGAGAUUAAGCUAAUGAAGGCCACUACCACCGACGCAACCAUCAGGAAACUCAGACAGUUAUUCGCCACCCAUGGGUUACCGGACAUCCUAGUGUCAGAUAAUGGGCCACAAUUCACCGCGACACAAUUCGAGGGGUACUUAGCAGGGCUAGGGAUCAGACAUGUCCUUUCGGCCCCGUUUCAUCCGGCUAGUAACGGUCAGGCUGAGAGAUUUGUGAGGUCGGCAAAGGAGGCCCUUUCACGUUUAAGCCCCGGAGACUGGCAGGAAAGGGUAGACAAAUUCCUAAUAGCACAGCACUCCACACCCUGUACAGCCACACGCCAAAGCCCGGCAGAGCUAUUAAUGGGGCGGAAACUCUGAGGAGUACUAGACAGGCUUAACCCCAACUACUCCCCAGAAGCGUUCAAGGGGGGAGAGAGGAAGCUUAGAGAGUUCACCAUAGGAACGCCGGUCCACGCCAGAAACUACGGACAGGGCCCACUCUGGGAGGCAGGGACCAUUGCAGAAAUCACGGGCCCCAAAUCAUACAGGGUAGACAUGGGGGACGGGAGAGUUUGGCGCAGACACAUCGAUCAAUUGAGAAAACGAGUAACCGCAGACACCGAAGACAGAGUCGACGAACCAAUCCCUGACCAUAACUACCAACCACAAACACAAACUACAAGCCCGGGUAGAGCGGAGGACUUAGCUGAGGAUUCUGGUAUCCAGCGCCGCCCCAUCGAGGUAGUCCAGGCCGCCGGAGAAGUCGCCGCCCACAAGGAAGUUCCGGAGGCCUCAUUGGCGGAGCAGGGAGAAACAGAGGGUCCCUCUGACCUGCUCGACGCCGCCCUUCCGACUGAACUGCACAGGUCAACUAGGACUCGCACAAGCCCUAGUCACCUGAGAGACUUUGUAUGUAAAUAACACCCCAAGUGACUUCUGGGAGGGGAGGAGUGUUAUGUAAAUAGGUUUGUUUUGGCAGGAAGUUCGAAUUAACUGACCUGCAGCUGAUUGGCUGACCACUACAGCUGCAAGGUAUAUAAAGGGAGCUGGCUCCCUGGGUUAGUUGCUGGAUUCUCACUAUACAAUAAAGAGCUGUUGUCACUCAC